AUGUGCGGCACUGACAACGAUUCAGCCGAGGCUCCCGCCCCGCACCCGGCCUCGAGGGCCAACUUACCGUCGUCCUCGCCUUACAGCCAGGUCCAGGACUACCUGAGCAACACACAGCGAUACCAGAUCAUCGAGUCAACUCUGCGCGAGGGAGAGCAAUUCGCCAAUGCCUUCUUCACUCGUGAGCACAAGGUCAAGAUCGCAACCAUGCUCUCUGAGUUUGGAUGUCAGUAUAUUGAGCUUACGAGCCCUGUGAGCUCCCAAGCCUCAUACGACGACUGCAAGUACAUUUGCUCGCUUGGACUCAAGGCCAAGAUCUUGACACACGUUCGAUGCAACAUGGAAGAUGCCAAGCGCGCAGUGGAAUGCGGAGUUGACGGUGUAGAUCUCGUCAUCGGCACUUCAUCCUUCCUUCGCGAGUACAGCCAUGGAAAGUCCAUGGCUAUGAUCAAGCAGACGUAUGUGCCCUUUCCCGAGACCGACGCACCAGUCCCUAAUAAACGCAAUAGCAAGGGAGUUGAGGUGCGAUUUAGUUCCGAGGACAGUUUCCGAUCCGACCUCGUCGAUAUCCUCGCCCUUUACCAGGCCGUGGACAAGGCAGGCGUGAACCGCGUUGGUAUCGCCGACACUGUAGGGCAUCCGUCGGAGGAGCUACUCCCCGAAUGGUCUACGACCUCGUCCGCACGCUCCGAGGUGUGGUGGGCUGCGACAUUGGUGCGUAUUCAAACCCGACGUUUCUUCACUCACACUCCUUGUCAAUCCCUCUUCUCUACUCUACAAGUUGCUUCUUAUGAUGAAAACUUUGCUAACAAGUCUAAAGAAUGCCACUUCCAUGACGAUACUGGCUGCUCAGUCGCGAACGCUGUCACUGCCCUCGAAGGAGGAGCCACACACGUGGACACGUCUGUGCUAGGAAUUGGAGAGCGAAACGGCAUCACCCCUCUUGGUGCUUUGAUGGCUCGCAUGGUCGUAAGCGCGCCAGAGUAUACCAAGGCGACAUUUGAUCUUCCACGCUUGAAAGAUAUUGAGGAGUAUGUUGCGAGUGUUGUCGAGAUCAACAUUCCAUUCAACAACCCCGUCACUGGCUUCUGUGCCUUUACGCACAAGGCUGGUAUCCACGCCAAGGCUAUUCUGGCGAAUCCCUCUACUUACGAGAUCAUCGACCCUGCGCUGUUCGGAUUGACUCGCUACGUUAACAUUACCUCAAGAAUCACCGGAUGGAACGCGGUCAAGGGCAGAAUUACCCAACUCGGCCUGGACGGACCCGGUGGCUUCGAGACCGACGACCAAAUCAAGGAAGUCACUGCCAAGAUCAAGCAACUGGCCGACAUCCGACCACUUGCUAUCGACGAUGCGGAUUCUAUUAUCCACGCAUACCAUCUUCAGCUCACGGGCAAUGGUAAGCCGCAGGAGACCGCUGCUUGA